UGCAGGAAUAAAUUAUGCAAACACAAGAACCCUUAUUGGCGAAAUUAACGAUCGAAUUGACGAAAUGACUCGACAGGUGAACACGAGGUUUGCCCAGAAUGAAGAGGCCUUAAGACAAGUUGCGUCAAGACUAAAUGAAUUGUCCCGAUCGACUUUUAUUCAGAAUCAACGGCUAAGUGAGGUCAUCUUUCAAAUGGUUAAAGAGCGCGAAUUAAGAAGACAGGAAUGGAAUUUCUUACAGGGAGAAAUUGACCAGAAUCAGCGAUUAUUACUACGGGAGUUGGAUACGUUUCUGCAUGAAUUCCAAACAAUCGAAGCCAUGUCUGUAGCUGAGUUAGAGGUGAAUCAAUUAGUGUUACACGUUUUGAAAAAUUCAACGGCAAAACCAUUAUUUGACAAAACCAAGGCGUAUUUAAUACGGGUAAAAGAUGGUAUCCUGCAUUUGAAAGAAUACGCCCGACUUCUAACAGCAGUAGAGGAGGAGGCAAACCAAACGAUUCAGAACAAUGUAAGGCAAGCAGAGGAAAUGAGACGUGGUAUGCAAGGCGCAGACAGAGAACUAAACGAAGCCAAUGAAUUGUGGGUAAAUUGUCAAAGACUCUCGGAAUAAAUUGCAAACCCCCAGUGACGCCCAAAACUUCCUGGACUUGAUGAAAAUCGAAUACGUCAUGACCUUUAUAAAAUUGCGCAACGCGACCAUAUAAGGUAGCGAUGCUUGAUCCCUCGAGAAUUGAAGUUUAAAAUACACCCAUCAGAUGUGUUAUAAGGUGACCAAUAUUGGCCUGAGAAAGUCAGUCAACAUCGGGCAUCCAUGGCAAACGAAUAUCAACUACUGUGUACAACCAGCAAAAGACUUGGAAAUAUUCAACAAGCAACCGAAACAAAUGGAACUUAUACAACUCAGCCUACAUAUCAGAAAGAUGUUGAGAACUCAACUGCAACUUCUAUCCAGACUCAAGCAUUAAAAGAA